GUUGAAUUGACAAUUUUCCAAGAAGUUCUAUUUAGGAAAAAAAUUAUGUCAGUGUCAAAUAAAUGAAAAUAUAACCUAUUCUAAGGUUGAAGAAAGGAAUUAUAAAUGGAUUUUAUCCGUAGAUUUUUGAGUUACUGUAUUUUUUUUACUUUCUUCUUGUGCGUACGAUGUGAUGAAUUCAAGGAGGAGUUAUUUUUCAAGCCCCUACCGUCGACGCAUCUAUACAGUUAUUUUCAAUUCGUUACUUUAGUGGACAGCGAAGUAUCUUCAUUCCAUUCCCAAUUAGCUCCCCGGUCUUUGGCUGAAGUUGUUUCUCGUUUUCAAGUCGAAGAGUUACAUUUAACAUUAACGGAAGGACAAUGGAGACAUCAUCAAUGGGGAUAUCCAGUUUUGGACGCGGCACCUGGAGCCGAACUCUAUGCUUGGUUUUCACCUGAUGUUACCGAUGUGGAUACACAGUGGAAAAAGCUGAGUGCUACACUAUCUGGGCUCUUUUGCGCUUCACUUAAUUUUAUUGACAGCUUUAACACAGUCACGCCUCAGAUGGCUUUGUGGCCCAUGGGAGCAGUGAAAUCUAGUCAAAAUGUUACCUCUCAGUUGAGAUAUGCCUCAUUGCCCAGAGAGAUUGUAUGCACAGAAAAUCUGACACCAUGGAAAAAACUGUUACCAUGUGAAUCGAGUCGUGGGUUUUCUGCCCUGCUGAAUUCUAGAAUGAUCCAUAACACAAACUACCAUUCAGUAGGAGUUCAUGUGAGGAAAGUUUGUAAAUCCAGUGACUGUUUGGAGACCCAGCUUGAAUUUAAGCAAACAGUGGCUCUUAUUUAUGAUUAUGAGAUAAUCAAGAGUAAUGAUUGGUCAUUUAGAAAAUUAUUUGGUCAGGGUCUACCUGGAGCUUGUCCACUGUCUACAGACAGCAAGAUUUAUGUUGAUGUAACUUCUAACAGCACACAGCCAUUUACUCUGUCUCCACCACCUGACAAUAUUAUUUUGUCACAAAGAGGUAGAACUGACACCAAGUUGGCAGUGUACAAUAUACACCCUGAUGGAAAAAUGAUAAACAUAGGUGUGAAGCACAAGACCAAGUCACAGAUACCAGUGUCUAUACAUCCCCCUUUGUUUUUCAACCGCUAUGUCCUAGGUUAUGGCAAAGAGUUUGGUGGAAUUGUAACAGAGAUAACAAACAAUUGUUUGGCCCCUAUCAAUGUAGUUGUAUUGGAGAAUGCUCCAUGGUGGUUGCCAAUACAACUGAGUACUCUGAGAGUGAAUGGUGAAGCUGAAAGUAAAUUAGUCCAGUCUCAGUACUAUUCUCCUGGCCGCAGCAGGCAGAAGCCAUAUCACCUAGAGUUACUUAUCAAAUUACCUCCAAAGUCCACCACUACCAUCACUAUUGACUUUGAAUUUGUCUUUUUGAAGUGGCAGGAAUAUCCGCCUGAUGCUAAUCAUGGAUUCUAUAUUGGUUCAGCAUUGAUCUCGGCUAAUUUACCAACAGCCAGAAAUUACACGAGUCUGCCAAUUACUGGAACAACAUUUGAUUCUGUUAUAAAUGAUACCAAGUUAUGGUAUCCCAUUGUGUUCAGGACAAAUGGUGCUAUGGUUUCUCUGCCAACCCCAGACUUCAGCAUGCCAUACAAUGUCAUCUGCCUUGCCUGCACUGUAGUGGCAUUGGCAUUUGGUCCACUACAUAAUAUCUGCACCAAAGAGCUGGUACUCAAACCAUCAGGAACAUCUUUGUCUUUAACCCAAAAACUCUUGAAUUUAUUCAAGAAAAAGAAAGAUUAGUUAUUAUUUAUUUUUGUUUCACUGAAAGUAUUUAAUUUAAUUUAAGUAUUUGACUGAAUAAAUUAAUACAGUUUACUCUGUGAUUUUAUUGGAUAGAUUGUCAUAUUCCAAGCACAGGUCUCUGGCCCCCAGGAAUCGAAUGCGAUGUCCCUAAUAGGGAUGAUGACAGGGUAUGAAAUUUAAAAAUGUGAUUAGUUCGUCAGUUGGCUAAUG